AUCUGACGGGUGAAGGUGGAUGUAACGGUCUGAAGCGCGGGUAGGAGGAGUGUGGAAAACGGCGGCUGGGGCCGUGUCUGUUAGAGGUGACCUGCGGGUUAGCUGGACGCUUUCCUUUUGAUUGUGUAUGUGUGGUAACAACAUGUCAGCGCCAGUUCCUGCUAUUGUCCCCGCUGCAAAAAAAGCCACGGCCGCGGUUAUCUUUCUCCAUGGACUAGGAGACACUGGGUAUGGCUGGGCAGAGGGCUUGACAGCUAUCAGGGCACCACAUGUAAAAUACAUAUGCCCACAUGCACCUAUUGCUCCUGUCACAAUGAACUUCAGAAUGAAUAUGUCAUCUUGGUUUGAUAUCAUUGGGCUUUCUGUGGAUUCUGUGGAAGAUGAAGGUGGAAUUAAAAAUGCAGCAGAAAGUGUUAAAGCAAUGAUAGAUCUAGAAGUUAAGAAUGGAAUACCGUCCCAUCGAAUUAUUUUGGGAGGAUUUUCUCAGGGAGGAGCUCUGUCAUUGUACACUGCUCUGACAACACAUCAGAAACUUGGUGGAGUAAUUGGCCUUAGCUGUUGGCUUCCACUUCGGAACUCUUUUCCAGAGGCAGCUGCUAACAGUCCAAACAAAGAUAUCCGUGCUCUUCAGUGUCAUGGAAUAGCUGAUCCUAUUGUGCCUCUAGCAUUCGGUGCUUUCACUGCUGAAAAAUUGAAAACCAUCAUCAAUCCAGAUAAUGUUAUUUUCAAGUCCUACGAAGGCAUGAUGCAUGGUUCUUGUCCCCAGGAAAUGAUGGACGUCAAACAAUUCAUUGAAAAGCAACUACCUCCAAUCAACUAAUAGAAAAAUGCUUCUGAUGGUCUAAGAAGCUGCACCAGCAUCUGAUCAUGAUAGACCCUAAUCCUUUUCAUUAACUCUUAAAGAUAUCAGUCAUACAUUUUAAUACUUGCACAUUUUUUCACUAUUUACACUCUGUAAUUUUCACAUUUACAUUCUGUAAUUUUCACAAGGAAACUUUUGAAUGUUACGAUGAGAUGGAUGCUGUGUGCUACAGUUUCUAAAUGCUUAACACUGCAGUAAUUGCUGGAAACGUUUAAGCUGCUCAUGUUCAGAUGUUUGAGCACCCUAAUCUUUACUGUGCCCAAGUAUAGUUUGCUUUCGCGUUUGUUCAAGUUGUGAUUAUUUUUGCCUUGACUGUGAUAAUGGUGUCUGUAUCAAUAUAUGAAAAAAAAGUACAAGAAACUACAAGCUCCCAAAAAAGAUUGUCAUUAGCUGGAAUCUGGACAUAACACUGAUAUAGAAAAUCAAAUAAAGGUCAUAAUUGAUAAUUAAGGGUGCUUACUUCAAAAUUGUGGUAGUUGAAUCUUAAUAUAUAUCUUAGAACAGUGCACUUAAACACACUUUUCAACAAUAGUUUCUAAACAAAACAUUAUGAAAAACAUUAAGUGAUCUGUUGGAAAGUGGUGCUGUCAAAGUUAAGCAUGAAACCAAGUGCAGCAUUUUAUCAUUUGAUAAUUGCAUCUUCUUUAACAUAACAUUACUUAGUGUAAUACAAUGUAUCAAUUUAAGAAACAAAUGAAAGUGUGUACAUUUCCAUAAAUCUAAAGGACAAAACUGUGCAGGGAUAACUUUCAUAUUCCAGUUAGACAUGUGCAGAUGUUGCAAUGGUGGAUUCGCUAGUGUAUUUUUAUUUACUUUUGUAUGAUGUGAAAUUUACCUAAUGUUUAAGCAUUACAUUUUUAAACCAACUAACUUAGUAUUGAUUUCAUUUAGAUGUGACAUGCAGUUUGUGUGUCACAAUCCAAGAUACAAACGUGCUUCACAAUUCUCAAACUAAUGUGACAUGAUUUAACAAAAGUGUCUAAAUUUAAGUUUGUGAUUAUCACUGGUACAAUGUUUAAUUUAUUUUUGGAAAAAACAGCUUUUGUACAGGAAUUGUGUGCUUUUAAAAAAAAUUGUAUUAAUUUACCAUAGAAAACCAGAUAAAACACCUCUUCAAAAUAAAUGUGAUAUACAUGCAAGGUUGAAAUAUUUCAGAACUAAAUUAUGGGUGGAAUUUCCCAUUUCUCUGCAUGGGGACAAGUAUCUGAAGUGACUUAAAAUACCAUUCCCACUGCCGUGAAAAUCUAUUAGAUUGUUCACAGCCUAUUAACAAAUGAGCAUGGUGAGUUUUUCAGCGAAUCACAGGCAUUGACACUGGUGAUCUGUGUUAAUUGAAAUUACUGGCCAAUCAGACCAAUAGUUUUGGAUCCCAAAGUCUGCUGAUCCUUGACCCAUGAUGGAGAAAGCAAGGGGUGUAUGUGUGUAGAGUGGGUGGACAGAUAGUUGGAGCUGUCUCUCACUCAUAUACACUCACACACAACACACACCUAUGUCCAUGGUUUGAGUCUGGAAGUGGCAAGUUGAGGUCCUUAAGGGUAUUAAUUGGUGGCAGGAUCAGAAGAUUAUCCUUGGACUUUCCCAGAGUUGUCCAGAAUUUAAUUAGCGAGGUCGCAAGAAAAGGAUCAGUUUCUGUCCAGGACCAACUCCUCUAAUUAUUUCCCCUUUUUGCCACCUCCCAGGGAGGGAAUAUCCUGCCUCUUUGUUUGACUAUGUGAGAAAAUUUUUUGGAAUAUUUAAGUGGUGUCAAAUGUUGAUUGUGCAGUAUGAAAAGUUAUUUGGUAAUGUAUUCAUAAUUCUAUGAACUGUACCUAAUAUCCAGGUUAAAACUGAAGUGAAAAUUUUUUGUGAACUAAAUUCAUGGAUAGAUGAAUCCUGUUGUACAAUAAACUGUGAGGCACUUGAUUCACGUACAUUUCUCAAGAUUUCAGAUGAAUAUGUACCAUUUUUGGUGCAUAUAAUAAUUUCAGAGAAUGAAAAAUUUUAAAAAUAAAACCACCUGUUGAU